AUGAAGAGAAACUUUCUCUCUCUUAUUUUAAUAAUAUUUCUUGUCUCUAUUUUAGACUAUCCAUUACGUUUUCCAUCCAGCACCAACAUUCAUCCGAAUGCUCGAUGGCAACAAAACGGUAUCACUGUGGCUGGAGGAAAUCGACAAGGCAAUGGAAUCAAUCAACUCUCAGACCCAUACGGUUUGUAUGUUGAUAAUGAUCAAACAAUCUAUGUUGCUGAUUCAUUGAACCAUCGUAUUGUGGAAUGGAAACAAGGUGCAACAAGUGGCCAAGUGGUUGCCGGUGGAAAUGGACAAGGAAGUGGAGAUCAUCAAUUGGAUAACCCAAGAGAUGUGAUUAUCAACAAAGAGAGAGAUAGUCUCAUCAUAUGCGAUUAUUCGAAUGGAAGAGUGGUUCGAUGGCCUCGUCGAAAUGCGACAAGUGGAGAAACAAUCAUCUCCAACAUCGCUUGUGUGGGUUUGACAAUGGACGAGAAUGGACCUCUCUAUGUCAUUGACUUUGGAAAAAAUGAAGUGAGACGAUAUCGAAGAGAAGAAUCUCAAGGAACAGUGGUUGCAGGUGGCAAUGGACGUGGAAAUCGUCUCGAUCAACUCUCUUACCCCUCAUACGUAUUCGUCAAUCAAGAUCAUUCAGUGUACGUAUCUGAUUGGAGGAAUCAUCGUGUGAUGAAAUGGAUGGAAGGUGCAAAACAAGGCAUUGUCGUGGCUGGUGGUCAAGGAGAAGGAAAUGGUCUUACACAAUUGUCUUGUCCUCAAGGAGUCGUUGUCGAUCAAUUGGGCACUGUCUAUGUGGCUGAUUGGGGGAAUAAUCGAAUCAUGCGUUGGCCUAAAGGAGCCACACAAGGAAGUGUCAUUGUUGGUGGAAACGGUAGAGGAGAACAAUCGAACCAACUCAGUUGGCCCUUCGGUUUGUCAUUCGAUCGACACGGUAAUCUCUAUGUCGUCGAUAACGGAAAUGCUAGAGUCCAAAAAUUCGAACUUCAAUCCAAUCCAAAGUGA